AAAAUAAAGAAAAAUUUUAAAACGAUUUCCUCUUAAAUUAUUUUUAUUUUUUAAUAUGUUCGAUUGAGUAAUUAAAAAUAGAUCUGUAAAAAAAAUUAAAUUAAUUAUAACAAAACGGCAACAUAAUGGGAAAAAUUCCUACACCAAAACUUGGUUUCAUUUUAAUAAUUUUUUUAUACGGUAUUCCUGUUGAUGCUGAAGAAAAGAAAAUUGUUUGCUAUUUCAACAACAGCGAUGUACAGACAAAAAACGUUCUAAACUUAAAUCUAAAUAUAAUUGAUGUUAAUCUGUGCACUCAUUUAAUUUAUUCUCACGCUGUUUUAACUGAAGAUGAUUUAUUCCCUUUAAAUAAAACUAUUGAUAUAGACAAUGGUGGAUAUUUAAAUUUUACAAAAUUGAAAAAUCAAAAUCCAAAUUUAAAAACAAUAAUAUCAAUUCAAGAUUCAAACGAAGAAAAAUUACAAUUUUCGAAAAUAUUGAGAUCGAGUCAUCUACAUAAAAGUUUAGCUAAAAAUAUUUUAAAUUUUAUUAAACAAUAUAAUUUUGAUGGCAUAGAUAUAGUAUGGCAAAAUCCUGGAUUAAAAAAUGAGGAGAAUGAGCGACAAUGCGACAAAAAAAAUUAUGAAAAAUUUUUACGAAGCUUGCGAAGAGAAUUUACAGAAGAUUCAAGAAAAAGGAAACUUAACGCAGAUUAUUUGAUUUCAAUUGGAGUCCCAUAUAACACUGAAAAUGUUAAGCAUGGUUAUGACAUAAUUAAACUCAAUCGUUACGUAGAUUGGUUUAACUUGAUGAGCUAUGAUUCUAAAGAAUUAUUUUUGUUAGAAAAUAAUAAAACAGAAAUAAUUAGUCCAAUUAAGUAUUAUUUAAAUGCCGGAGUUACCAGAGAUAAAAUCGUUUUGGGGAUUUCAACAUAUGGUUUAUUGUUUAAUGUGGAAGAAAUUAGUGAAAAUAAUUUUGGGCAGGAAGGUCUUUUGAAAAAUCCAUUUAACAUUUUCCAAUUUGGUGAAAGUACUGGGAUUUUAUCUUAUUCUGAAAUAUGUAAGAAUAUUAAAAACAAUCCAGAAUGGACACUUUUUAGAGAAAAUUUUGGCUCUUUUACUAGAAGUUUCGCUAUAAAUCAAAAUAAAUUAAUUGUUUUCAAUGAUGCAAGUACCAUAAGAGAUAAAGUAGAAAGUGUGGUGGAUCGUAAUUUAAGUGGAAUAUCAUUUUGGACAAUCAAUCAAGAAGAUUUUGAUGGAUCUUGCAUAAAUCAAUCUUAUCCAUUAAUUAAUAUAGCUAAAAAGAUUUUAUUGCAGAAGCUAAAUUUAAGAAGUAGUAGGUCGGCGGAACCUCAAAAUGUUGAAGAUACUGCAACUUCAAAUUCACUAACACGUACUGGAAAUGAAAUUUCUAGAGAUAGAGUGGUUUGUUACGCAACAAGCUGGAGUGUUUAUAGAACUGGUCCAGCUAGAUUCGAUCUCCUACAAUUUGAUCCAAAUUUAUGCACACACUUAAUAUAUGCAUAUGCUUAUGUAUAUAAUGAAACCAUUCAAUUUGCGGAUGAAAAUGCUGAUAUAACGUUAGGUGGAUACUCUAAGUUUUUAAGAUUACGUUCAUCUAAUGAGAAUCUAAAAUUGUUACUUGGAAUUAGAGUUAUUGAAAAACAAUUUUCUCAAGUAAUUAACGAUCCGGGACGACGUAAAAAAUUGAUUGAUAAUAUUGUGAUUCAUUUAAAAACGCAUAUGUUUGAUGGCAUGGACUUAAUCUGGAAAUAUCCUGACGUUGAAGAUAAGCAAAAUUUUGUUCAAUUACUAAAUGAAAUAAGAACGAGAUUUAUUGAAGAGAAUAAAACUCCUGGCCGUAUUAAACCCAAAUUUAUUUCAAUUACCAUUCCAUCUGAAACUGAGUUUGUAGAUCCAGGUUAUGAUUUGCCGAAAUUAAAUGAUUUAGUUGAUUGGUAUAAUUUAUUAAGUUAUGAUUACUCUACACCUAACGACACCGUAGUUAAUCAUCAUGCUCCUUUAUAUCCAAUUGAUACACUGCCAGACGAUAAAAAUAAUAUAAACUCUACUGUUACUAAAUAUUUGGAAUCUGGAAUUGACCGAACCCUGUUAGUAGUGGGUAUUCCAACAUAUGGAAUAACAUUUACUUUAAAAGAUGCACGAGAGACAAAUUAUGGAGCAGCUGCAGAAGGGCCUGGUGAUCCAGGAAAGUUUACAAACAUUAGCAAUAGCGUUUAUCUUUCAUAUUUUCAAAUUUGUGGAUUACAGCUUACUUCAAAUUGGCAGCUUAUAAGAAGUUAUCCAGGCAAAGUUGGCCCUUAUAUUGUAAAUGAUAAAGAUUGGGUCGCAUAUGAUGACGAAAUAAUGGUUAAAACAAAAGCGGAAUAUGUAGCUGAUAUGGGGUUGGGAGGUGUAAUGUUUUGGACAGUCGAUCAAGAUGAUUUUAGGGGAAUAUGUGGAACAGGUCCAAAUAUAUUGAUUCAAACAGCAAAAACAGCUUUAUUAAACAAAUUAAAUUUAGGCAGUCUGAAUACAAUCUCUACUACAACAGCCCUCAUAGAAACACAACCUGUGAAAGCGACAGCUUUGCCGGAGGGCACUGCACAAAUAAUCAUAACUAAUAAUUCAUUAACUUCCGCAUCAAUUUCUAAAGAUAGAGCAGAAGAAAAUUCAUUUAGAAACGAUAGAAUUGUAUGCUAUACAACUAAUUGGAGUGUUUAUAGAACUGGUGCGGCAAGAUUUUUACAAAAUUUCAUCGAUCCAAAUCUUUGUACACAUAUUAUAUACGCUUAUGCUAAAUUAGGAGAAAAUAAUAAAUUAGAACCAACUGAUUCUCACUUAGACAUCACAUUUGGAGGAUAUGAUCAGUUAAAUAAUUUAAAGAAGUUGAACUCAAAUUUGCGUACAUUAAUAGGAAUAAGGUUUACUGAUAAAAAUUCAUUAUUUGCUUCACUAUUAUCAGAAAGAAAAAGUCGUCAAGAAUUCAUUUCAAGUACUUUGGAAUUUUUGAAAGAAUAUAAUUUUGAUGGAAUUGAUAUCGUUUGGAAAAAUUUAAAAUUGAAUGAAAGAAAUUCUUUCGUAAAAUUUAUUGAAGAAAUUUCCGAAAAAUUCAAUCAAGAAUCUAAUACAGGAUUUCAACAACCAUUAUUGUUAACAAUAGCAUUGCCUGGGAAAAAAGAAGAAAUGCAAGGGUUUGAUGUAGCUAGACUAAACGACUAUGUUGAUUGGUUUAACGUUUUGACUUAUAAUUAUCAUGCUGCUACAGAACCCCAAGUUAAUCACGCUGCUGCUUUGUAUUCUCUGCCCGAACAACCACUUGAUGAAUUUAAUGUUAACUUUACCAUGAACGAAUACUUAAAUGCGGGAGCAGAGAGGAACAAAUUGGUUCUUACCAUACCUACAUAUGGUCGUACUUUUACUUUGCGUAGUACUCUGCAAAAAAAUUUUGGAGCUUCUUCAAUAGGGGCCGGAAGAAUGGGAAUGCUUACUAAAACUAAUGGAAGUUUAGCAUAUUUUGAAAUUUGUGAUAAUUUGUUGAAAGAUCCGGAGUGGGAAACAUAUCAACCAUAUGCAGAUUUAGUUGGACCAGUAGUUAUUAAAGAAGACCAAUGGGUGUCAUUUGAUGAUGAAAACAUGAUGAAAAUUAAAGCAGAUUACGUUGCUGAUAAUGGAUUUGGGGGACUAGCAUUUUGGUCUAUAGAUCAAGAUGAUUUCCGCGGUAUUUGUAGUAGUAACCCAUUUACUUUGAUACGGGCAGCGAAAACUAGGCUUGACGAAAAACUCGGAAUUGCUGGUGAAACAUCUAUUAUAAGAGUGACAGAGCCACCAACUAUUAGAACAACAAAAUCAACUUCAACUACAAUUUCAACAACGACUUUGGGAACUACAACACAAAUCAAUUCAAAUUUAGUUUUAAGUAACUAUCAAGAUAACAUAAAUGUGGAAGGAAAAAUUAAUAACAGAAUUGUAUGUUAUGUUACAAAUUGGAGUUACUAUAGGUCAGGAACAGCGAGAUUUAUUCCAAAUGAAAGAAAUCUUGAUCCAAAUCUUUGUACUCAUCUUAAUUAUUACUUUGCUAAAAUAGAGAAUAAUACUGUAAUACCUGCUGAUGAGUUCGUUGAUAUAAAUAACGAUGGUUACAAAAUGUUUACAGAUCUUAAAAACAAAAAUAGAAACUUAAAAACCUUGAUAAGCAUAUCAGAAAGCCCAAGUAAUGAGACCUUAUCAAAAUUUUCAUCACUUGUGUCUGAUCCAGAACAAAGACUUAUUUUUGCUGAAAACGUAUUAAAUUUUAUAAAACAAUACAAUUUUGAUGGUAUAGACAUUGUUUGGUUACAUCCAGGUGAUGAAAGAGGUACUGCAGAUGAUAAAGAAAAUUUUGCAAGUUUGGUAGAGCAACUACGGUUGACAUUUAGUGAAGAUAUUUUGUUGGCGGGACGUUUACCUUAUAUCAUUACAGUGACAGUACCAUUUGAUGAACAAAUUAUAAGCACUGGCUAUGAUAUCCCAAAAUUAAAUGAAAACGUAGAUUGGUUCAAUUUGCUAACGUAUGAUUAUGUGCUUUCUUCAAAACCAGUUGUAAAUCACCAUUCCCCAUUAUAUGCAUAUGAAGGAAUAUCAUCAGCGAAUAGAAAUAUUAAUUCUACAGUUGCAACUUAUAUUGAAUUAGGUGUUGAUCGUGAUAAAAUUGUGAUUGGUAUACCAACCUAUGGCCGAACAUUUACUUUGGCAGAUUCUUCAAUGACAAAUUAUGGAGCACUUGCAUCUGGUUUUGGAAUACCUGGAAGAUUUACUCAAUUGAAUGGCAGUUUAGCUUUUUAUGAGAUAUGCCAAAAUAUAAAUGCCGAAGGUUGGUUUAUUGUAAGCAAUCAAUCAGACUUGGUUGGUCCUUAUGCAUACAACGACAAGAAUUGGGUGGCAUAUGAUGAUGAAGAUAUGGUAAGCAGAAAAGCUGAAUAUGUAGCACUCAUGGGAUUAGGUGGCAUGAUGUUUUGGACUGUAGAUCAAGAUGAUUUUGUUGGAUCAUGCACUGGAAAAGCAAAUUUAUUAAUAAGUACAGCAAAAGAUGCACUUAAUGAACGAUUAGGUUUUGGAAAUUUAAAACCUUCAACCAAUAAUGCAAUGACUCCAACAAGUAAUAUUCCUAUCACCUUUGAAAUUACAACAAUUAGUUCACCUGGAAUUACAGACAGUAAUUUGAAUGCUCCUCCUACUAUAAAUAAUCAAAUAGUAGAUCUCACUUCUGAAAGCAAUAAUGAUUUGGAAGAAAUAAGAAAUAGAAUAGUGUGUUAUGCACCAAAUUGGAGUAGAUAUCGAACAGGUGUAGCUAAGUUCGAUGCUUCAUUUAUUUUACCAGACCUUUGCACUCAUUUAAUAUAUGCAUUUGCAAAUUUAGUUAAUAACACUGUUGCACCUUCAGAUCCUGCAGAUGCCGAUCAGACAUUUUACCUUGAUUUCAACAAAAUAAAAUCAAAAAAUCCUCAAGUGAAAACUUUAAUUUCGAUAAACCAAAGACCAAAUACAACAGAGUCGAACUAUUCAAAUUUAGUUAAAGAUCCUGAACGUCGUCAAGAAUUUAUUAGUAAUCUUAUAGACUUCAUAAAAAUAAAUAAUUUCGAUGGUGUUGACAUUGAUUGGCAAUUUCCGGGUGAAGCUUCGGAUGACAAAGAAAAUUUUGCCCAAUUUUUAAAAGAAAUUAAAUCAAAAUUUUUAGAAGAUUCUAUAGAAAUGAAUUCUCAACCGCUACUAUUGUCAAUUACAAUACCAAAGGAUAAAAGAAAUUUGGAAAGAGGGUACGAUAUUGCUAAAAUGAAUGAUUUCGUAGAUUGGUUUAAUUUAGUGAGCUAUAAUUACCAUAUUUCAACCGAAUCGAAAGUCAAUCAUCAUGCCCCGCUAUUCGCUUUAAAGGGAAUAGAUGAAUCGGAAAACAAUGUCAAUGCAUCCGUCUAUAAUUACAUAGAAGCUGGAAUAGAUAGAAGCAAACUUGUUGUUGGCAUACCAACUUAUGGGGUAUCAUAUACGUUAGAGGAUGAAAAUUUAAGUGGUGUUAAUUCACCAGCUGUAGGUCCUGGGGUUCCAGGUGAAUUAACAGGAGCUCCGGGUAUUUUAGCUUUUUAUGAGAUAUGUCAAAAGAUAUUAAAUGACCCUGAGGCUCAAUGGAAAAUUGUACAAGUUGAACCGCGAACAAUGGGCCCAUAUGCAAUUAAAGGAACUCGUUGGGUAGCUUAUGAUGAUGAAGAAAUGGUACGAAUGAAAGCAGAAUAUGUCGCUGACAAUGGUUUAGGAGGUUUAAUGUUCUGGUCUGUUGAUCAAGAUGAUUUUAGGGGUCUUUGCGGUGAUAGAGAACCAAAUGCUUUAAUACAAACAGGCAAAAGAGCUUUAUUAUCAAAAUUGAGCUUUUCCGCUUCAACUUCGGCUUCAUCAGAUCUCAUUGCCAGUUCUACAUCAACUGAGCGAUUUGUUGUUUCACCUACUACUAUAACUGAUCCUAAUCUUUUUAAGUGUUCAAGCAUUGGUUUAUUCGCAAACCCAAGAGACUGCAGAUCCUAUUACGCUUGUAUCGACCUGUAUGAAGUAGGACUGGGUAUUGAAUCAAAUUUGCUGCCUUGUGCUGAUGGAGCUUAUUUUAGUAGUGAAAAAGGUGACUGCACUUUUUUAGAUACAGAAGAAAACUGUCCUGAACAAAAUAAAGAUGGUGAUAUUAUGCCAACCGUUGGGUCUGCAAAUGAUAGUAAGCUAAGAACAGAAAAUAUAUUACAAUCAAGUGUUACUACAGUAGCAGAAACUUCAACAACUUCAACUAUGUCGAAUCCUAUAAUUCAAACAGAAAAUGGUUCUAUGAAUCAGGAACAAGACAGCAAUAAUAUCAAUCGUCUUUUACGACUAAUUGAAAAUUCUGGAGGUUUUAAAAAAUUUGAAGAAUUUCUAAAAGUGUUUUCCUCAAGUUCUAGCGAUUCAAAAAUUCCACAUUCAAUGAGUACUGCGCCUAUGACACCAAAUGAAAGUUUUUUACCAGCUUCUAAACCUUCCACAAUAACAAAUACUGAAAAUAAAAAGUUUACAUUAAAAACCCAAAUUAAAGUCAAUGAGAAUAGCAACGGAGUUAUUCAAACACAAUUUGAAGUUCCGUCAAAAACUGAUCAAGGCAAUGCAAAUAAGUUAGUGUCACAUACUGAUCAUAUUUAUCAAAUAAAAGAAUUACAUAUUCAUAAUUACGGCCAACCUAUAACGGAUGAAAGGACGGCAAACGAUGUUUUAAAACAACACAUAAAGCAUAACACACAAGAUCAACCAUACAUUUUAUUUGCACCCGUCCAAGUAAUCAACAAAGCUCAUUCAUAAUAUUGUUCAGCAUUAUUAAUAAUAUAAGUAUAUAAAAUAUGUGUACAAUUUUAUAAUAAUAUAUAUAAUAGUAAAUACAUUUUUUAAAAUUUUAAAUAAAGAAAAGAA